CCACUCACCAGACAUGGCACAGAAAGUUGUGGAGGACCACCUGGCUGUGCACUCUCUCAUUAGAGCCUACCAGAUUCGUGGUCACCAUGUUGCCCAGUUAGACCCUCUGGGAAUCCUGGGGGCUGACCUGGACUCCUUCGUUCCCGCCGACCUGAUCACCACCAUCGAUAAAUUAGGUUUCUAUGGUCUUGAUGAGUCUGACUUGGAUAGGAGCUUCCAGCUGCCCCCUACCACCUUCAUCGGAGGUGAAAACACCACUCUUCCCCUGAGAGAAAUCAUACGCAGACUGGAGACAUCCUACUGUGGUCACAUAGGAGUCGAAUUCAUGUUCAUCAACAACGUGGACCAGUGUCAGUGGAUUCGUCAGAAAUUUGAGACUCCAGGAAUCAUGCAGUUCACUAAUGCUGAGAAGAGAACUUUGCUCGCCCGCCUGAUCAGAUCCACGCGGUUUGAGGACUUCCUGGCCAGGAAGUGGUCAUCAGAGAAGCGUUUUGGUCUAGAGGGCUGUGAAGUGCUCAUCCCUGCCCUCAAAACCAUCAUUGACAAAUCAAGUGCCGCAGGCAUCGACAGUGUGAUCAUGGGAAUGCCUCAUCGGGGUCGACUGAAUGUCCUUGCUAAUGUGAUCCGUAAGGACCUGGAUCAGAUCUUCUGCCAGUUUGACCCCAAGUUAGAGGCUGCUGAUGAGGGUUCGGGUGAUGUCAAAUACCACCUCGGGAUGUACCACGAGAGGAUUAACCGUGAGACAGAUAAGAACAUCACGCUGUCGCUCAUGGCAAACCCCUCCCACCUAGAGGCAGUGGAUCCAGUGGUUCAGGGCAAGGCCAAAGCUGAACAAUUCUAUAGAGGCGACACCCAGGGAAAGAAGGUCAUGUCCAUCUUGAUGCAUGGUGACGCUGCUUUUGCCGGACAAGGAGUUGUAUAUGAGACCUUCCACUUAAGUGAGCUCCCCUCCUACACGACACAUGGUACAAUCCAUGUGGUGGUCAAUAACCAGAUUGGCUUCACCACAGACCCUCGAGUCGCCCGCUCCUCUCCCUACCCCACCGAUGUGGCUCGGGUUGUCAAUGCGCCCAUCUUCCAUGCGAAUGCUGAUGACCCCGAGGCCGUCAUGUACGUGUGUCGGGUGGCUGCAGAGUGGAGGACCACCUUCAACAAGGAUGUCGUCAUUGACCUGGUUAGUUACAGACGGUUUGGCCAUAAUGAGAUGGACGAGCCCAUGUUCACCCAGCCGCUGAUGUACAAACAGAUCCGUCGGCAGGAGCAUGUGCUGAAAAAGUACUCUGACAAGCUCAUUGCAGAGGGAGUUGUGACACUGCAGGAAUUUGAGGAGGAAGUUGCCAAAUAUGACAAGAUAUGUGAGGAGGCAUACACCAGCUCCAAGGAUGAAAAGAUCUUACACAUUCGACACUGGCUCGACUCCCCCUGGCCAGAUUUCUUCACAGCAGAGGGAGAGCCCAAAAGCAUGAGCUGUGUCCCCACCGGACUGGAUGAGGAGGUUCUGCAGCACAUUGGCCAGACAGCCAGCUCAGUGCCUCUGGAAGAUUUUAAGAUCCACCCUGGUGUGUCUCGUAUCCUGCGUGGUCGAGCCGACCUGGUGAAGAAUCGUAAGAUGGACUGGGCUCUAGGAGAGUACGUGGCCUUCGGUUCCCUUCUCAAAGAUGGCAUCCAUGUGCGGCUCAGUGGGCAGGAUGUAGAGCGUGGCACCUUCAGCCACCGUCAUCAUGUUCUGCAUGACCAAGAGGUGGACAAACGUAUCUGUGUACCCAUGAACCACCUGUGGGCCAACCAGGCUCCCUAUACUGUCUGCAACAGCUCCUUAUCAGAGUAUGGAGUCCUAGGUUUUGAGCUUGGCUUCGCCAUGGCCAGUCCAAAUGCUCUGAUCCUAUGGGAGGCCCAGUUUGGAGACUUUCACAACACAGCCCAGUGCAUCAUCGACCAGUUUAUCAGCUCCGGCCAGGCCAAGUGGGUGCGCAACAAUGGUAUUGUUCUCCUGCUGCCACAUGGGAUGGAGGGAAUGGGUCCAGAACAUUCAUCAGCUCGACCUGAGCGCUUUCUGCAGAUGAGCAAAGAUGACCCUGAUCACUUCCCUGAGCUCCAUGGAGAUUUUGAAGUCCAGCAGCUGAAUGACUGUAACUGGAUUGUGGUCAACUGCUCCACGCCUGCCAACUACUGUCAUGUGCUCAGGCGGCAGAUUCUGCUGCCAUUCAGAAAACCGCUGAUUAUUUUCACUCCAAAAUCUCUGCUGAGGCACCCAGAUGCAAGGUCCAGUUUCGAUGACCUCGCCAAAGGCACUAAAUUCAAGAGGCUAAUUCCUGAUGAAGGUCCUGUGAAUCAAAGCCCAGGCCAAGUGAAGAGGGUGAUCUUCUGCACUGGCAAAGUCUACUAUGAAUUGGCUAAAGAGAGGAAACAGCAAAACUUGGAGAGAGACAUUGCCAUCAUCAGACUCGAACAGAUCUCUCCAUUCCCAUUUGACCUGGUCAGAGCAGAGGCAGAGAAAUACGCCAACGCUGAGCUGGUCUGGUGUCAGGAGGAGCACAAAAACAUGGGUUACUACGAUUACGUCCGCCCGCGUUUCCUCACAGUGGUGGCUAACAAGAAACCUAUUUGGUAUGUGGGAAGGGACCCUGCAGCUGCGCCUGCGACUGGAAACAGGUCCACUCACCUCAGUGAGCUGAAGAGGUUCAUGGACACUGCUUUAAACCUGGGCGCCUUCCAGGGGAAGGACUUGUAAUGGAGAUCUGGAAUGAGAACCAAGCUGGAGGUGCAGUUUCAUCCCAAACCACCAUAGUAUAUUUAUUAAGUCUUCACAUAGCACAGUUUUACAACUCUUGUAGAUUUGUGACAAUCUGGAGCAUAGUCUGGUGUAACUAAACAUCGUCUGAACCCCUGACAACCCUGCGUGAAAGAUAAGUCUACAGUACUAACUGACUUAACGGCUGAAUCAGACUACGCAACAUUUAUGUCUUUGGAGAUGGUCACUGUGUCAGAUUAAAAGAUCAUGAUCCUGCUCUGACUUGGACGAGAGACGUGUCCGACUACAUCUUGAAUCCCAGCCAGUCAUCCUGUAGCUUGCAGACUUUCAUUACCUGCAACAAUUAUGGUGUCAGAAGUGUCACAGAGGACACUGUAGAUGUUAUUAAACUAGGUGGGACAAGGCAAAAAACAUUUGGAUUUACUCGUCUUUCCAUGAGAUGGCCUAUAUGCAGAAUACAUUGUCUUUUCCCUUUAAUGCACUAAAGUAAUGCAUGGGACAGAACAGCAAAUUGUUGUGGCCAGUGCUCAUUGCUGUUCCAUGGCCAUGCCCCAUGUCAGAUGAAAACAAGUCAUUUUUAUUUAUAUAGCCUGAAAUCACCCACUGUCACCCUUUUAUCUUUUUUCUACCCUUGAUUUGCAGAAGGAAAACCUCCACAAAAAACGCCCCGUCCUGGCCAUUUUUGGGACAAUAUCAUGUAGUCUGAUCCCGGUUUUACUGGAAGAAUAUCUGCACUUUAUCCAGUCAACACUAUUCA